AUGUCGGGCGCCACUGCAAAGGGCAAGAAGCAGGCGAACAAGAACGCCUAUCGCCGUGCGAAGAAGAAGCAGCAGCGCUCUGAGACACCGUCGACAGCCGGCGACUCUGCGCGUGAGAGCGAAUCUCCCGCACCCGAAAGCGACACAAAUAACGAAGCACAGGCUGUGAAGCCCGCGGACCUACUUUCCAUCGAUGAUAUCGCGAACCAGUACAACCUCGACGAUCCACUCUUCGAAGAAUACAAGAAUGUCUUCGAAAAGUUCAGGGAGCCGACCGACGAGGAAGCGGCGACCAAGGACGAUGAAAAGCCAGAGAUCUACCACUCCGACGACGACAUCCCUGACGAGGAUGAAGACGAUGGCAAGCCCAAGCUCUCUAAGAAGCAGAGAAAGCAAAUGAACAAGCUUUCGGUCGCGCAGCUCAAGGCAUUGGUUCCCCGACCAGAACUGGUCGAGUGGACGGACGUGUCAUCAUCGGAUCCCCAGCUACUAAUCUCCAUCAAGGCAGCCAAGAACGUCAUACCCGUACCCUCUCACUGGUCGCUCAAGCGUGAAUAUCUGUCGUCCAAGCGAGGUAUCGAAAAGCCACCCUUCACCCUACCCAAAUUCAUCCAAGAAACAGGUAUUGCAGAAAUGCGAGAUGCGGUCUUGGAAAAGCAGGCAGAGAUGACUAUGAGGCAGAAACAGCGAGAGCGUGUGCAAGGAAAACUCGGCAAGCUUGACAUUGAUUAUGCGAAGCUCUACGAUGCCUUCUUCAGACGGCAGACCAAGCCAGAGCUGACCCGAUACGGCGAGGUCUACUACGAAGGCAAGGAAUUCGAAACGAACCUUGUAAACCUCAAGCCAGGCGAGUUGAGCGAGGAACUUCGCGAGGCACUUGGAAUGGCACCUGGUCACCCGCCCCCUUGGCUCAUCAACAUGCAACGUUUCGGCCCCCCACCAUCGUAUCCCAACAUGCGCGUACCUGGUGUCAAUGCCCCAAUUCCUCCGGGCUCCUCUUGGGGUUUCCAACCUGGUCAAUGGGGAAAGCCCCCCACAGAUGAAGCAGGUAAGCCACUCUUCGGAGGAGAUCUCUAUGGCACUGCUAUUUUGGAGGAACAACAGCAACCGACACAUGUGGGUGAACCCGUCGAGCGUGGUAUUUGGGGAACGCUUCGAGCUGAGGGUGAGAGUGAGGAUGAGGAAAGUGAAGAGGAUGAUGAGGACGAAGAUGAGGACGAAGACGAAGAUGAGGACGCGAGUGGUAUACAAACAUCCAUGACUAGUGCAUCGGCUAUGCCAUCUGAGAUUGGGGGCGCAGAAAGCAUCAGUGGAGAGUUUCAGCUCAGGAAACAGCGCAAGGGGAUCGAGACGGAAGAGCCAGGUGCGCCGCGAAGUGCAUACACAGUGCUUCCAGAGAAGAACAUAUCUGCGACUGGCUUCUUUGGUGGUGAACACGCUUACGAUCUGGAUGCGGCUAGGCGCGAUGCGCUUGGCCACGCUCAGAAGAAACGCAAAGCUGGAGAUAUCGACGUAUCUGUUGAUAUUGACCAGUUGGCGGACAGCGACAAGCUGGACAAGGACGCACUAAAGAAAGAGUACGAGUCUAGGCAGCGUGCUGAGGCACAGGGACAGUGGCAGAGUAUCGACCAAGACGAUCUAGCAGAUAUGAUCAACCAGGAAAGCAGGAAGAGGACUAAGAGGGAGGAUGAGCGAAAGACUAGGCGCUAG